CCCAAAAUACAGGCGGCCCUUCGUACGAGAAAAAGGGGAACCAAAGGAGAAACUCUUCCACCUUCGUCGCCGUCGCCGCCGCCGCCAUGUCCCGUUUCGUGCGGCGCCUUGCCAGCGCCCCGUGGCGCGCCAUCGUCGAGAGUGCCAUCUCCCGCGCCGUCGUUGUUGGAUGCGGCGUCACCGUCAUCGACGAGCGCGUCGUCAGCCUCACAUACCCACGGGGCCCCAGCAUGCUGCCGGCGAUCAACAUAAUGGGGGAUCUGGUGGUCGCCGACAAGUUGAGCGCGCGGUACGGCUGGGUGUCGCCCGGGGACGUCGUGCAAUUCGUCUCGCCGGAGGACCCGCGGAAGACGGUCAUCAAGCGCGUGCUCGGGAUGGAGGGCGACACCGUCACCUACCUCGUCGAUCCCGCCAACAGCGAUGUCUCCAAGACCGUCGUGGUACCAAAAGGUCACAUUUGGGUGCAGGGUGACAAUAUUCAUAAUUCUACAGACUCAAGGCAGUUUGGACCUCUGCCUUAUGGUCUCGUAAAUGGGAAGAUCUGCUGUCGGGGGGCAAUAUAGCCUUAGGUAUAUAAUACAAGUAUUCUGUAAUGCUAGAACUUACUCGAGGGACUCUGAAGCUGCUGAGUUUCCUAGAUACCAGUGUCUAGUGUGUAAGCUGAACAGUUGUAAUCAGUACAGUUAAAUUACUUGGAUAAAUUCUGUGGUUAGGUCAGCUAACAAUUGUAUUUCGCUACUGCAUUGGCAUUGUUAUUUGGCUACUGUGUCAUCAUAAUUAACUUCACACACUGGAUAUCAGUGUAUACGUGUAAUUUUACUUGAUCUCAUAAGCCAUAAUGUUUAAUUUUUGCAUGUUCUGGAAGUUCGAACAAUGUUUAGUGUUUACUCACUAAAUGUGGACUGGCCUGACUAGGCCUUAUCUUGCUUGUAUUAACUAGUUGAAUGAGGUUUAUCCCUCUAUGGUAGGAAACCCAACAUUUGGGCUCCAGCUCCUUUUCCUGCUACUAUUUAUUGAAUGCAUUAGUCAACAGUGAAAUGUGACAGCAUCAGCAUGAGAAUUGGCGUAAUCUCUCUAGAGCUCUUAUCUCUGAAUUUUCCUUGCUGGUGAGAGUUAGUAUUGACAGGGUGUUUGA